AUGACUUUAUCUAUGACCUUUUUAUCAAGAUUCCGAAGUCUGCGAAAAAUCCCUUUACGUUGCUCCUUACACCAACGCUGUUCAAUGAUGUCAAGGGUCAUCAAAGAGAUAAGCGAAAAGUUUGAAAUAGUGCUCGCCUCUUCGUCUCCAAGGCGCUAUGAAAUUGUCACCCAGGUUAUGGGGUUUGCGGACGUCAAAUUGAUGAAACCAUCCUUCGCGGAAGAUCACGACAAAUCGUUAUAUGCAGGAAAUCCUACUGGAUACGUCCACGACACGAGUAAGAGCAAAGCAUUAGGUAUUAUCGAAGAUCUGAAGCACACAGAAGAAACACACGCCAGCAAACCCAAGCUGGUCAUCUGCGCAGAUACUGUAGUAAUCGAUAGCGACGAAAACAUACAUGAAAAGCCACAACGGCCAGAGCUGCAGCUUGGGAACUUGCUUAGGUUCCGCGAGAGCGAUGGUCCUGUCAAAGUAAUUACUAGCGUAACGCUCAUCAAGUGGGAGAGCCCACAAGAUUUCACCUUCACCCAGUUUGAAGAGGUGAGUGAGGUUCACUUUGACUCCGAUUUUCCGCUGCCAAUUCUUUACGACUACGUCGACUCUGGUGAUGCUCUUGAUGUUGCGGGGGGCUUCAAAGUGCAAAGCUUCGGCGGCGCCAUGAUUAAGAAGAUCAAUGGAGACUUCUUCAAUGUUGUGGGGCUGCCUUUGAACAAGACCUUCAAAGAACUCUACAAGGCUGCAUUCCCCCUAGAGUAA